AUGAGGCACGCGUCCACGAAUUGCAAGGGCAUCGAUAUCUCGCACUGGCAGGGCACCGUCGACUUUGACGCCCUCAGGGCCAACGGAGUCUCGUUCGUGUACAUCAAAGCUACCGAAGGCACUACCUCCAUUGACCCAAAGUUCAACUCGCAUUACACGGGCGCGACGCGCGCAGGCCUCGUCCGCGGCGCAUAUCACUUCGCCCGCCCGGACAAGUCGUCGGGCGCGAUGCAGGCGAGGCACUUCCUCGCGCAUGGUGGAGGUUGGACGAGCGAUGGGAUGACCUUCCUGGUGCGCUCGACGUCGAAUAGUCAACGUCCUUGCUCCUGUUGGACAUUCGAAGAUGCUCCCAAAGGAGACAGGAACUACGGGUUGAAUGCGUCGGCGAUGGUCUCGUGGAUCAAGGACUUUUCAGACACCUACCAGUCUGCCGUGGGCGUCUAUCCAGGUGAACACCGAGAACUCUGCGCUGGAAUUGGGCGACUGACCUUCGACCCAGUGAUCUACACCACCACCGACUGGUGGAAGACCUGCACCGGAAACAACGCAUCCUUCGCGUCUACCAACCCGCUCUGGAUCGCUCGCUACUCUUCAAGCAUUGGCAUGGUUCCUGCGGGCUGGUCAGAUGUGACGAUCUGGCAGUACGCAGAUUCGGGGGAGAACGUGGGGUGCCAGGACGAAUACAACGGGUCUGAGCGGGGGCUGAAGAAAUGUCGGUGCUUCAGUUUUGCUGGCAACGCUUCCUGUGCUGAUGAACCUCCCCCGCCCCCCGUAACCGCUAUGGCUACGUCCCUUUUCUGGCCGGGGAAAUACUACUGCUACCCAAUUGGCAACACCUCCGCAGUCGACUUGACAAGAGACAUCUCACCCGAGGGCGACGCUUCAAUCCUGCUUCUACCGUGUGGCGAUCCUCGCAAUAUCCUGUUCAGCAUAUGCUCUCAGGACUCAGCCUUUCCCCGCAAGCUCCAUUUCACUUGCGUCGAUUACGACGCGUGCAUCCUAGCGAGGAACGUUCUCCUCUUCGCCAUGCUCGUAGACGAAACUCCUCAUCAUAUCGUUUGGAACACGUUCUUUCAUGUCUACCUCGACAAGAAAUCACACGCCGCGCUGGUUACAACAUGCAAAAAGAUUCUCGCCCACUCAGGAGGCAUGCAAGACUGGGCCACCUCUCCGUAUGCUUCCUGCAUCCAAAUUGCUUCGGAACACACUCUCGCACAACUUCGUCGCCAGUGGUCCUCAUUUGCUACACUUCACGACGAGAAAGGGUCGCAAGCGUACCGGACCCUUGAGUUCGCGGUUAGUGACCGUCGCAAAGAAGUUUUAAAGGACUUCGGACAGUCGUUACACUGGUCCUCCACCCGAUCUAUUGGUGCGCUUCUCAUGAAAAACAUCCACGCUGUCGAACUCUACAGCAAGGUCUUCAAACUGUACUGGCAGACUGGUACUACGCUCACUAGAACUUCGGAUGUCAACGCGGCCACCAUUCUCAAUCCUACUUUCUGUUUCUCGCGCGCAGGCCGAGGAUUCGAUCUUCACUACGGCACCAAUCCCAUUACCCCAUUUCAUCUCGCCCCUCUCUUUGGCGAUGCAAGAAACAACCUCGCCGUGAAGGAUCUCAUCGACGCCGCGUCCUCCCAGUUCAGCCAGUGGUGCCAAGCGUACAGAGUCGCCGUCAGCGGUCCGUCGAAGGCUCGUCCGGUUGUCCGGAUGUGGGUGGGAGAUGCGCUCUCGGUUGCGCAGGAGCUGCUCUUUGCUGGCCACCACACGACAUCGAGUCAGGCGCCUACCCGAUUCGAUGUCAUCGACACGUCGAAUCUUUCCGAUCACGUUGGUCUGACGAACAUGCUGCUAUCCGCCGCCGCCCUCCGUACCCACUCUCCUUCCUGUGUUGUGUACACCGAGAGUCUCCUCACCUAUCAACAAGACUCGACGACGGAGUUCAAGGAGCAGAUAUUCGCGGAUCUCACGACAGUCGCUCUGCUGCUCGAUAUAGCACCUAUCGAGGCUAUCUCCGGCUUCACCACCAGGAGCAACACCCAUGAACUCAUGAUGCACGCUACCUUCGUCGACUCAGACUCCAAACAGUUCCAUCAGAAUGUGACCUGGAAGCGUCCCCGGCCGAGAGAUAUAUCCAUGGAGCGUAUCCUCCCGCCUGCUACCACCACUUUUACGCCCUUCGACCUCGUUUCACUGCUCCUAAACAUAUACUCUCGAUUAUAUGCUGGCGAAAACCCGUUGCAUCUGUUGUCCCAAAACUUGACCAGAGCGAAAGAGCAGAUGCGCCGAGACUCGUAUAUCGUUCCUUCUCGACAGUCCUUCGUGAUCCUCCUAUGCGCCGUCCAACGCCGACUCCGUCCAUCUCAAGAACACUGGGACGAAGUGAUGAAGUCGCUCACACAAGAAAGCUCCCGUCGCAACGAGAGGGCGUCUGUCACACUGGACGACUCUUCCCCCAUCGUCCGCAUUUACCUAAAGGUUCCACGUGCGCCCCUCGAGGCUCUCCACGGACCCGGCGUCCCGCUUACCCCCUACCUUCAUUGCUCGAUCCGCAUUGGGAUGUACGAGUGCAUCUUUCAGGCCGUGGCUGCCGUUUUCGGCGACAUGCAGUCUCAAGGAACAACAUCUAAUCCAGCUUUGAACGUCAACGAGGACUACCACGGGCUGAAGGGCAGCUCGCCCUUCAUCGUCUCGUUUACUGCAUCAACGCAUCUCAUCACGACCGCUGCACAACCAGAAGACGUCUUCGUCCGGCUUUCCGUACGCGCCACACCUGUCUCGACGAUGGUUUUCGCUAGGCGACUUGGCCUAGAGCUGAAGCUUUUCGAGGCCAGCUUCGAAGAUGCUCAGAUAACCGUCGAAAAUCCCCGAUCCAAGACGGCCUUCACAGGUGGUGCGGUUCCAGAGGUUGCGCAACACUCUGCCUGCCUGCUGCAGCUGAGCAUCGGAAACCAGACCCAAGCCGUUGCAUACCCGCUUCCUGUCCUCGGCGCGAUGCACAAACUUCGCCUCGCUCGAAAGUCCGGCUACGUUGAGAUCGUUGUCCCUGUAUCUGUGCCGUGCUCGACUCUUGAGGUGAUGAGAUUCAACCCGUCUCCGAUUGUGAAAUCAGACACAAACUCUUUCCACCCAUGGAACAUCCACCGAGUCACCCUUGAAAAGCUUCCUCUCUUAAAACUUCCAUCUAAAGGCCCGCCCCUCGACUGGUUCAACAACCAUGUAUGCAGCGCCUUCUCCCUCCGCGAACGCGCAAACCGAGACGCCAAAAACCACGCCGACGUCCUCAUGUGUGUCAAAGACACGAUCCACGCCCUCAUGGCGCGCUCUGUCGGCCUCUUCGGCGCUCCCUCCCGCGUCUUCUCCCUCCGCGACGAGCCCACGGGCGACUCCGACACCAUCCUCUUCAUCCACGGCAUCCGGUUAGACCUCUCCUCACACACGCUCGUCGCCGACGCCUCCGUCCUUCCACUCACGCCCACCGUCCUCGACAAGCUCGGGCCCGUGUUUCCCAAGCUCAUCCAGGGCAUCGAGCAAACACGCGUGUACGGCGCCGAGAUGCGCGCGUGGAAACAGCUUCUCCCCGCGCUCGCCGAACGCUGCCGCACCUGGACGCACCGCCCCGCCUGCGAAUACCGCGCCGCGGGCCGCAUCCCGCUCACCGUCGAGCUCAGUGAGGGCGACCCGCUCUGCGCGUGCGGGCGCGGGCACGACGCCGAGCCGAUGCGUGCGGUGCCGGCAUGGCGGCCGUUCGCGCCGUACGUGACGCGGAUCGCGCUCUCGCCGCUCUUCGCGGUCUCGUACUUGGAGCCCGUCAUCGACUUGGCGCCCGUGCGCGACCAGAUAGCGGCUGCGUCUAAGUCCACCGCCCCGCCUCCCGCUCCCCUCUGGACGGUCCUCCCCGGCCUCAACCACUCAGACUGGAGAACGAUGCGGGAACUGCGAGAAACGCGAGACGGGGAGCGCGCCGUUGCGGAAGUGCUCGCGGUGCAAGAACGUGGCGUACUGCUCCGAGACGUGUCAGAAGCAACACUGGAAGACUCACAAAUCGUCAUGCAAGGCGUCGUCUUGAUGGUCCCGAUACUGCUGGAAGAGUCUGCACUGGCACUCAGCCUGACCUGA